AUGUUGAACCGAUCGGUAGCGAUGAUGUGUUUAUCAGUUUGUCUUAAUCAUUCGUCAGGAGCGGUUUGGUUUUGUUCAAACCAGUGGCUGUUCGUGGCAGCAUCCGUUUCUGUGCAGACAAAGGCACAAGACGUCAUGGCGAACAUGAUCACGAACAAAGACUUUAUUGUUGCGACAAAAUACAAACUCAUCCGGAAGAUCGGCUCUGGCUCCUUUGGUGACAUCUAUGUAUCGAUCAAUGUGACGAAUGGAGAAGAAGUGGCUAUUAAGCUUGAGAGCAAUAGGGCUCGCCAUCCGCAGCUCUUGUAUGAGUCAAAAGUAUACCGCAUUCUGCAGGGCGGCGUAGGAAUUCCUCAUAUCCGCUGGUAUGGUACUGAACGAGAGUACAACGUGCUGGUGAUGGAUUUAUUGGGACCAUCACUUGAAGACCUUUUCAAUUUUUGUUCACGAAGAUUUACGAUGAAGACAGUACUGAUGCUUGCUGAUCAGAUGAUUGGCCGUAUCGAAUACGUGCAUGUGAAGAAUUUCAUUCACCGCGAUAUCAAGCCGGAUAACUUCCUCAUGGGAAUUGGUCGACAUUGCAACAAACUGUUCCUCAUUGACUUCGGUCUAGCGAAAAAGUUCCGGGACUCACGCACGAGAGCGCACAUUCCUUAUCGAGAGGAUAAAAAUCUCACGGGUACUGCUCGAUACGCUUCAAUCAACGCUCACCUCGGAAUAGAGCAAAGUAGAAGGGAUGACAUGGAAUCUCUGGGCUAUGUAUUAAUGUAUUUCAAUCGCGGAACUCUUCCCUGGCAAGGUUUGAAAGCUGCGACAAAGAAGCAAAAAUAUGAAAAAAUUAGUGAAAAGAAGAUGUCAACAUCGGUGGAAAUGUUGUGUAAAGGUUUCCCAUCGGAGUUUCCCAUGUAUCUAAACUACACUCGUGGUCUUCGUUUUGACGAAGCACCCGACUACAUGUACCUUCGACAACUGUUCAGAAUUCUGUUCCGUACGCUUAAUCAUCAGGUAGUGAACUUUAGCUACUCAUAUGGAAAGUGCUUUUGGCGCGUUCUUGCCCAUAUGAACUGGUUUCAGAUGAUACUAAGCGAAUCACGUUGCACAUUAUGCAUCGACUUCAAUGCAUAUUAUUUGCGAUCAUUUUUUUAA